AUGCUGACAGAAAGCCCAGGCAGUUCGCAACAGACACUUACCAGGCUUCCCAACGAGUCUGGUCACGCCUUCUCUCCCCAAUUCGCGGUGGCAGAACCAAGCACUGAGGAGCUUGUCCAGCCGCUUGCGGCCAGUGCGGACGAAGCUAAAACCGUGGGUGCCAACGAAUUUGAAGAACCACUCGUCAACUUGUUCGAUGAAGCCGCACUCACACGUAGGGCCGGUGGACACUCAUUUUACCGAAAAUCUUUCAACAAACCUGCCUAUUGUCAUCACUGCAGUGAAGUAAUUUGGAGCCCCCUAAGUACCGGGUUCGCCUGUGAUGGUGAGUAUGCCCCGCUCUAA